GUCUAUCAGAUUGCCAUGGUAAUAACAGAUGGAAAACAAACCCAAAUGGAUGAUACGAAAGAUCUUAGGGAGGUGUCCAAACCGUUGCGAAAGGCCGGAGUAAGAGUAUUGGCGCUUGGGGUUGGUUCUGGAGUCGAUGAAAAAGAGCUACGACUUAUAGUCGAGAGGGAUGGAGAUGUUUUACUUGCCAAAUCUUUUACAGAACUGAUCAGCAGAGUUGGAGCAUUGAUCAAAUCUACGUGUAAUCUAGCAGUUCCAGAGCCAUGCGACAUUUCUGCGGAUUUGACUUUUAUAUUUGGAUCAGGAGGCAUUGGAGCGGGUAACUUCCUCAGACUAAAGACCGUUUUAAAAACAAUCGCGACGAGCUUCGGCAUUUCGUCAAAAAGGAGUCGUGCCUCCAUCGUGACCUUUAGUGAUUCGUCUGCUUCUGUGAGUGCAUCGUUUGAAUCUUUCACAUCCACAAAGGAAUUCCAGGACUCCCUAUCCUCCUUAACAUAUAAAGAUAAACGAGGUGAUAUCCGUCUGGCACUGAAACGUGCAGAGAAGAAGGUGUUUCCAAAGGCAAGAAAGGGGGUGGCAAAAAUCGCAGUGGUCGUCAUUGAUGGGAGAGAGAAUAAUAAUGGACAAUGGCAGGAUUCUGUGUUGUCGUUGAGGAAGGCAGGUAUCCGCGUGUUACUUUUGGGGAUUGGCACAGAAAUAAAACGCGAAUCCUUACGAAAACUUGUUGAAAAAGACGAUGAUCUCGUCAUUAAGGAUUCAUUUAUAACUCUGCUGAAGGAUUCUGUUCAAGUGGCAAAGACCACGUGCUCUGCUGCUGCACCACCGCCGUGUAGCACUCCCGUGGAUCUGGCAUUUAUCAUCGAUUCUUCGGGCAGCAUUGGCCGCACAAACUACAAGAAACAGAAGAACUUUGUCAAGGAAGUGGCGAAGACUUUUGGCCUAUCUCCAAACGGCAGCCGAGCGGCCAUGGUUCUGUACAGUAACUCGGCCUCAGUGAAAGCUCGAUUUGGCCAGUAUUCGGACCCGAAGGAGUUCGGUGGAGCUGUAGACAGUCUGCCUUACGAGAGAGGAUUGACACGAAUCGACAAAGCACUGGACCUAACAGCCAAGGAUAUCUUCGCUCAAAGUAGGUCGGGCGUGCCCAAGAUUGCAAUGCUGAUAACAGACGGUACCCAAACCGCAGCAGCCGACGCCAAAGGCCUAAAAGAGGCUUCCGAACCAUUGAGACAGGCAGGUGUUCGUGUUCUAGCCGUAGGUGUCGGCAAGGGUGUGGACAGAGAAGAACUUCGACUGGUCACGGAGAGUGACGAGGAUGUUGUGGUGGCGGCUGACUUCGAAGACCUGCUGUUGAAACUCAGCAACCUGACCAGCCAGGCUUGCCGACUUGCAGCACCACCGCCGUGUAGCACUCCCGUGGAUCUGGCAUUUAUCAUCGAUUCUUCGGGCAGCAUUGGCCGCACAAACUACAAGAAACAGAAGAACUUUGUCAAGGAAGUGGCGAAGACUUUUGGCCUAUCUCCAAACGGCAGCCGAGCGGCCAUGGUUCUGUACAGUAACUCGGCCUCAGUGAAAGCUCGAUUUGGCCAGUAUUCGGACCCGAAGGAGUUCGGUGGAGCUGUAGACAGUCUGCCUUACGAGAGAGGAUUGACACGAAUCGACAAAGCACUGGACCUAACAGCCAAGGAUAUCUUCGCUCAAAGUAGGUCGGGCGUGCCCAAGAUUGCAAUGCUGAUAACAGACGGUACCCAAACCGCAGCAGCCGACGCCAAAGGCCUAAAAGAGGCUUCCGAACCAUUGAGACAGGCAGGUGUUCGUGUUCUAGCCGUAGGUGUCGGCAAGGGUGUGGACAGAGAAGAACUUCGACUGGUCACGGAGAGUGACGAGGAUGUUGUGGUGGCGGCUGACUUCGAAGACCUGCUGUUGAAACUCAGCAACCUGACCAGCCAGGCUUGCCGACUUGCAGCACCACCGCCGUGUAGCACUCCCGUGGAUCUGGCAUUUAUCAUCGAUUCUUCGGGCAGCAUUGGCCGCACAAACUACAAGAAACAGAAGAACUUUGUCAAGGAAGUGGCGAAGACUUUUGGCCUAUCUCCAAACGGCAGCCGAGCGGCCAUGGUUCUGUACAGUAACUCGGCCUCAGUGAAAGCUCGAUUUGGCCAGUAUUCGGACCCGAAGGAGUUCGGUGGAGCUGUAGACAGUCUGCCUUACGAGAGAGGAUUGACACGAAUCGACAAAGCACUGGACCUAACAGCCAAGGAUAUCUUCGCUCAAAGUAGGUCGGGCGUGCCCAAGAUUGCAAUGCUGAUAACAGACGGUACCCAAACCGCAGCAGCCGACGCCAAAGGCCUAAAAGAGGCUUCCGAACCAUUGAGACAGGCAGGUGUUCGUGUUCUAGCCGUAGGUGUCGGCAAGGGUGUGGACAGAGAAGAACUUCGACUGGUCACGGAGAGUGACGAGGAUGUUGUGGUGGCGGCUGACUUCGAAGACCUGCUGUUGAAACUCAGCAACCUGACCAGCCAGGCUUGCCGACUUGCAGCACCACCGCCGUGUAGCACUCCCGUGGAUCUGGCAUUUAUCAUCGAUUCUUCGGGCAGCAUUGGCCGCACAAACUACAAGAAACAGAAGAACUUUGUCAAGGAAGUGGCGAAGACUUUUGGCCUAUCUCCAAACGGCAGCCGAGCGGCCAUGGUUCUGUACAGUAACUCGGCCUCAGUGAAAGCUCGAUUUGGCCAGUAUUCGGACCCGAAGGAGUUCGGUGGAGCUGUAGACAGUCUGCCUUACGAGAGAGGAUUGACACGAAUCGACAAAGCACUGGACCUAACAGCCAAGGAUAUCUUCGCUCAAAGUAGGUCGGGCGUGCCCAAGAUUGCAAUGCUGAUAACAGACGGUACCCAAACCGCAGCAGCCGACGCCAAAGGCCUAAAAGAGGCUUCCGAACCAUUGAGACAGGCAGGUGUUCGUGUUCUAGCCGUAGGUGUCGGCAAGGGUGUGGACAGAGAAGAACUUCGACUGGUCACGGAGAGUGACGAGGAUGUUGUGGUGGCGGCUGACUUCGAAGACCUGCUGUUGAAACUCAGCAACCUGACCAGCCAGGCUUGCCGACUUGCAGCACCACCGCCGUGUAGCACUCCCGUGGAUCUGGCAUUUAUCAUCGAUUCUUCGGGCAGCAUUGGCCGCACAAACUACAAGAAACAGAAGAACUUUGUCAAGGAAGUGGCGAAGACUUUUGGCCUAUCUCCAAACGGCAGCCGAGCGGCCAUGGUUCUGUACAGUAACUCGGCCUCAGUGAAAGCUCGAUUUGGCCAGUAUUCGGACCCGAAGGAGUUCGGUGGAGCUGUAGACAGUCUGCCUUACGAGAGAGGAUUGACACGAAUCGACAAAGCACUGGACCUAACAGCCAAGGAUAUCUUCGCUCAAAGUAGGUCGGGCGUGCCCAAGAUUGCAAUGCUGAUAACAGACGGUACCCAAACCGCAGCAGCCGACGCCAAAGGCCUAAAAGAGGCUUCCGAACCAUUGAGACAGGCAGGUGUUCGUGUUCUAGCCGUAGGUGUCGGCAAGGGUGUGGACAGAGAAGAACUUCGACUGGUCACGGAGAGUGACGAGGAUGUUGUGGUGGCGGCUGACUUCGAAGACCUGCUGUUGAAACUCAGCAACCUGACCAGCCAGGCUUGCCGACUUGCAGCACCACCGCCGUGUAGCACUCCCGUGGAUCUGGCAUUUAUCAUCGAUUCUUCGGGCAGCAUUGGCCGCACAAACUACAAGAAACAGAAGAACUUUGUCAAGGAAGUGGCGAAGACUUUUGGCCUAUCUCCAAACGGCAGCCGAGCGGCCAUGGUUCUGUACAGUAACUCGGCCUCAGUGAAAGCUCGAUUUGGCCAGUAUUCGGACCCGAAGGAGUUCGGUGGAGCUGUAGACAGUCUGCCUUACGAGAGAGGAUUGACACGAAUCGACAAAGCACUGGACCUAACAGCCAAGGAUAUCUUCGCUCAAAGUAGGUCGGGCGUGCCCAAGAUUGCAAUGCUGAUAACAGACGGUACCCAAACCGCAGCAGCCGACGCCAAAGGCCUAAAAGAGGCUUCCGAACCAUUGAGACAGGCAGGUGUUCGUGUUCUAGCCGUAGGUGUCGGCAAGGGUGUGGACAGAGAAGAACUUCGACUGGUCACGGAGAGUGACGAGGAUGUUGUGGUGGCGGCUGACUUCGAAGACCUGCUGUUGAAACUCAGCAACCUGACCAGCCAGGCUUGCCGACUUGCAGCACCACCGCCGUGUAGCACUCCCGUGGAUCUGGCAUUUAUCAUCGAUUCUUCGGGCAGCAUUGGCCGCACAAACUACAAGAAACAGAAGAACUUUGUCAAGGAAGUGGCGAAGACUUUUGGCCUAUCUCCAAACGGCAGCCGAGCGGCCAUGGUUCUGUACAGUAACUCGGCCUCAGUGAAAGCUCGAUUUGGCCAGUAUUCGGACCCGAAGGAGUUCGGUGGAGCUGUAGACAGUCUGCCUUACGAGAGAGGAUUGACACGAAUCGACAAAGCACUGGACCUAACAGCCAAGGAUAUCUUCGCUCAAAGUAGGUCGGGCGUGCCCAAGAUUGCAAUGCUGAUAACAGACGGUACCCAAACCGCAGCAGCCGACGCCAAAGGCCUAAAAGAGGCUUCCGAACCAUUGAGACAGGCAGGUGUUCGUGUUCUAGCCGUAGGUGUCGGCAAGGGUGUGGACAGAGAAGAACUUCGACUGGUCACGGAGAGUGACGAGGAUGUUGUGGUGGCGGCUGACUUCGAAGACCUGCUGUUGAAACUCAGCAACCUGACCAGCCAGGCUUGCCGACUUGCAGCACCACCGCCGUGUAGCACUCCCGUGGAUCUGGCAUUUAUCAUCGAUUCUUCGGGCAGCAUUGGCCGCACAAACUACAAGAAACAGAAGAACUUUGUCAAGGAAGUGGCGAAGACUUUUGGCCUAUCUCCAAACGGCAGCCGAGCGGCCAUGGUUCUGUACAGUAACUCGGCCUCAGUGAAAGCUCGAUUUGGCCAGUAUUCGGACCCGAAGGAGUUCGGUGGAGCUGUAGACAGUCUGCCUUACGAGAGAGGAUUGACACGAAUCGACAAAGCACUGGACCUAACAGCCAAGGAUAUCUUCGCUCAAAGUAGGUCGGGCGUGCCCAAGAUUGCAAUGCUGAUAACAGACGGUACCCAAACCGCAGCAGCCGACGCCAAAGGCCUAAAAGAGGCUUCCGAACCAUUGAGACAGGCAGGUGUUCGUGUUCUAGCCGUAGGUGUCGGCAAGGGUGUGGACAGAGAAGAACUUCGACUGGUCACGGAGAGUGACGAGGAUGUUGUGGUGGCGGCUGACUUCGAAGACCUGCUGUUGAAACUCAGCAACCUGACCAGCCAGGCUUGCCGACUUGCAGCACCACCGCCGUGUAGCACUCCCGUGGAUCUGGCAUUUAUCAUCGAUUCUUCGGGCAGCAUUGGCCGCACAAACUACAAGAAACAGAAGAACUUUGUCAAGGAAGUGGCGAAGACUUUUGGCCUAUCUCCAAACGGCAGCCGAGCGGCCAUGGUUCUGUACAGUAACUCGGCCUCAGUGAAAGCUCGAUUUGGCCAGUAUUCGGACCCGAAGGAGUUCGGUGGAGCUGUAGACAGUCUGCCUUACGAGAGAGGAUUGACACGAAUCGACAAAGCACUGGACCUAACAGCCAAGGAUAUCUUCGCUCAAAGUAGGUCGGGCGUGCCCAAGAUUGCAAUGCUGAUAACAGACGGUACCCAAACCGCAGCAGCCGACGCCAAAGGCCUAAAAGAGGCUUCCGAACCAUUGAGACAGGCAGGUGUUCGUGUUCUAGCCGUAGGUGUCGGCAAGGGUGUGGACAGAGAAGAACUUCGACUGGUCACGGAGAGUGACGAGGAUGUUGUGGUGGCGGCUGACUUCGAAGACCUGCUGUUGAAACUCAGCAACCUGACCAGCCAGGCUUGCCGACUUGCAGCACCACCGCCGUGUAGCACUCCCGUGGAUCUGGCAUUUAUCAUCGAUUCUUCGGGCAGCAUUGGCCGCACAAACUACAAGAAACAGAAGAACUUUGUCAAGGAAGUGGCGAAGACUUUUGGCCUAUCUCCAAACGGCAGCCGAGCGGCCAUGGUUCUGUACAGUAACUCGGCCUCAGUGAAAGCUCGAUUUGGCCAGUAUUCGGACCCGAAGGAGUUCGGUGGAGCUGUAGACAGUCUGCCUUACGAGAGAGGAUUGACACGAAUCGACAAAGCACUGGACCUAACAGCCAAGGAUAUCUUCGCUCAAAGUAGGUCGGGCGUGCCCAAGAUUGCAAUGCUGAUAACAGACGGUACCCAAACCGCAGCAGCCGACGCCAAAGGCCUAAAAGAGGCUUCCGAACCAUUGAGACAGGCAGGUGUUCGUGUUCUAGCCGUAGGUGUCGGCAAGGGUGUGGACAGAGAAGAACUUCGACUGGUCACGGAGAGUGACGAGGAUGUUGUGGUGGCGGCUGACUUCGAAGACCUGCUGUUGAAACUCAGCAACCUGACCAGCCAGGCUUGCCGACUUGCAGCACCACCGCCGUGUAGCACUCCCGUGGAUCUGGCAUUUAUCAUCGAUUCUUCGGGCAGCAUUGGCCGCACAAACUACAAGAAACAGAAGAACUUUGUCAAGGAAGUGGCGAAGACUUUUGGCCUAUCUCCAAACGGCAGCCGAGCGGCCAUGGUUCUGUACAGUAACUCGGCCUCAGUGAAAGCUCGAUUUGGCCAGUAUUCGGACCCGAAGGAGUUCGGUGGAGCUGUAGACAGUCUGCCUUACGAGAGAGGAUUGACACGAAUCGACAAAGCACUGGACCUAACAGCCAAGGAUAUCUUCGCUCAAAGUAGGUCGGGCGUGCCCAAGAUUGCAAUGCUGAUAACAGACGGUACCCAAACCGCAGCAGCCGACGCCAAAGGCCUAAAAGAGGCUUCCGAACCAUUGAGACAGGCAGGUGUUCGUGUUCUAGCCGUAGGUGUCGGCAAGGGUGUGGACAGAGAAGAACUUCGACUGGUCACGGAGAGUGACGAGGAUGUUGUGGUGGCGGCUGACUUCGAAGACCUGCUGUUGAAACUCAGCAACCUGACCAGCCAGGCUUGCCGACUUGCAGCACCACCGCCGUGUAGCACUCCCGUGGAUCUGGCAUUUAUCAUCGAUUCUUCGGGCAGCAUUGGCCGCACAAACUACAAGAAACAGAAGAACUUUGUCAAGGAAGUGGCGAAGACUUUUGGCCUAUCUCCAAACGGCAGCCGAGCGGCCAUGGUUCUGUACAGUAACUCGGCCUCAGUGAAAGCUCGAUUUGGCCAGUAUUCGGACCCGAAGGAGUUCGGUGGAGCUGUAGACAGUCUGCCUUACGAGAGAGGAUUGACACGAAUCGACAAAGCACUGGACCUAACAGCCAAGGAUAUCUUCGCUCAAAGUAGGUCGGGCGUGCCCAAGAUUGCAAUGCUGAUAACAGACGGUACCCAAACCGCAGCAGCCGACGCCAAAGGCCUAAAAGAGGCUUCCGAACCAUUGAGACAGGCAGGUGUUCGUGUUCUAGCCGUAGGUGUCGGCAAGGGUGUGGACAGAGAAGAACUUCGACUGGUCACGGAGAGUGACGAGGAUGUUGUGGUGGCGGCUGACUUCGAAGACCUGCUGUUGAAACUCAGCAACCUGACCAGCCAGGCUUGCCGACUUGCAGCACCACCGCCGUGUAGCACUCCCGUGGAUCUGGCAUUUAUCAUCGAUUCUUCGGGCAGCAUUGGCCGCACAAACUACAAGAAACAGAAGAACUUUGUCAAGGAAGUGGCGAAGACUUUUGGCCUAUCUCCAAACGGCAGCCGAGCGGCCAUGGUUCUGUACAGUAACUCGGCCUCAGUGAAAGCUCGAUUUGGCCAGUAUUCGGACCCGAAGGAGUUCGGUGGAGCUGUAGACAGUCUGCCUUACGAGAGAGGAUUGACACGAAUCGACAAAGCACUGGACCUAACAGCCAAGGAUAUCUUCGCUCAAAGUAGGUCGGGCGUGCCCAAGAUUGCAAUGCUGAUAACAGACGGUACCCAAACCGCAGCAGCCGACGCCAAAGGCCUAAAAGAGGCUUCCGAACCAUUGAGACAGGCAGGUGUUCGUGUUCUAGCCGUAGGUGUCGGCAAGGGUGUGGACAGAGAAGAACUUCGACUGGUCACGGAGAGUGACGAGGAUGUUGUGGUGGCGGCUGACUUCGAAGACCUGCUGUUGAAACUCAGCAACCUGACCAGCCAGGCUUGCCGACUUGCAGCACCACCGCCGUGUAGCACUCCCGUGGAUCUGGCAUUUAUCAUCGAUUCUUCGGGCAGCAUUGGCCGCACAAACUACAAGAAACAGAAGAACUUUGUCAAGGAAGUGGCGAAGACUUUUGGCCUAUCUCCAAACGGCAGCCGAGCGGCCAUGGUUCUGUACAGUAACUCGGCCUCAGUGAAAGCUCGAUUUGGCCAGUAUUCGGACCCGAAGGAGUUCGGUGGAGCUGUAGACAGUCUGCCUUACGAGAGAGGAUUGACACGAAUCGACAAAGCACUGGACCUAACAGCCAAGGAUAUCUUCGCUCAAAGUAGGUCGGGCGUGCCCAAGAUUGCAAUGCUGAUAACAGACGGUACCCAAACCGCAGCAGCCGACGCCAAAGGCCUAAAAGAGGCUUCCGAACCAUUGAGACAGGCAGGUGUUCGUGUUCUAGCCGUAGGUGUCGGCAAGGGUGUGGACAGAGAAGAACUUCGACUGGUCACGGAGAGUGACGAGGAUGUUGUGGUGGCGGCUGACUUCGAAGACCUGCUGUUGAAACUCAGCAACCUGACCAGCCAGGCUUGCCGACUUGCAGCACCACCGCCGUGUAGCACUCCCGUGGAUCUGGCAUUUAUCAUCGAUUCUUCGGGCAGCAUUGGCCGCACAAACUACAAGAAACAGAAGAACUUUGUCAAGGAAGUGGCGAAGACUUUUGGCCUAUCUCCAAACGGCAGCCGAGCGGCCAUGGUUCUGUACAGUAACUCGGCCUCAGUGAAAGCUCGAUUUGGCCAGUAUUCGGACCCGAAGGAGUUCGGUGGAGCUGUAGACAGUCUGCCUUACGAGAGAGGAUUGACACGAAUCGACAAAGCACUGGACCUAACAGCCAAGGAUAUCUUCGCUCAAAGUAGGUCGGGCGUGCCCAAGAUUGCAAUGCUGAUAACAGACGGUACCCAAACCGCAGCAGCCGACGCCAAAGGCCUAAAAGAGGCUUCCGAACCAUUGAGACAGGCAGGUGUUCGUGUUCUAGCCGUAGGUGUCGGCAAGGGUGUGGACAGAGAAGAACUUCGACUGGUCACGGAGAGUGACGAGGAUGUUGUGGUGGCGGCUGACUUCGAAGACCUGCUGUUGAAACUCAGCAACCUGACCAGCCAGGCUUGCCGACUUGCAGCACCACCGCCGUGUAGCACUCCCGUGGAUCUGGCAUUUAUCAUCGAUUCUUCGGGCAGCAUUGGCCGCACAAACUACAAGAAACAGAAGAACUUUGUCAAGGAAGUGGCGAAGACUUUUGGCCUAUCUCCAAACGGCAGCCGAGCGGCCAUGGUUCUGUACAGUAACUCGGCCUCAGUGAAAGCUCGAUUUGGCCAGUAUUCGGACCCGAAGGAGUUCGGUGGAGCUGUAGACAGUCUGCCUUACGAGAGAGGAUUGACACGAAUCGACAAAGCACUGGACCUAACAGCCAAGGAUAUCUUCGCUCAAAGUAGGUCGGGCGUGCCCAAGAUUGCAAUGCUGAUAACAGACGGUACCCAAACCGCAGCAGCCGACGCCAAAGGCCUAAAAGAGGCUUCCGAACCAUUGAGACAGGCAGGUGUUCGUGUUCUAGCCGUAGGUGUCGGCAAGGGUGUGGACAGAGAAGAACUUCGACUGGUCACGGAGAGUGACGAGGAUGUUGUGGUGGCGGCUGACUUCGAAGACCUGCUGUUGAAACUCAGCAACCUGACCAGCCAGGCUUGCCGACUUGCAGCACCACCGCCGUGUAGCACUCCCGUGGAUCUGGCAUUUAUCAUCGAUUCUUCGGGCAGCAUUGGCCGCACAAACUACAAGAAACAGAAGAACUUUGUCAAGGAAGUGGCGAAGACUUUUGGCCUAUCUCCAAACGGCAGCCGAGCGGCCAUGGUUCUGUACAGUAACUCGGCCUCAGUGAAAGCUCGAUUUGGCCAGUAUUCGGACCCGAAGGAGUUCGGUGGAGCUGUAGACAGUCUGCCUUACGAGAGAGGAUUGACACGAAUCGACAAAGCACUGGACCUAACAGCCAAGGAUAUCUUCGCUCAAAGUAGGUCGGGCGUGCCCAAGAUUGCAAUGCUGAUAACAGACGGUACCCAAACCGCAGCAGCCGACGCCAAAGGCCUAAAAGAGGCUUCCGAACCAUUGAGACAGGCAGGUGUUCGUGUUCUAGCCGUAGGUGUCGGCAAGGGUGUGGACAGAGAAGAACUUCGACUGGUCACGGAGAGUGACGAGGAUGUUGUGGUGGCGGCUGACUUCGAAGACCUGCUGUUGAAACUCAGCAACCUGACCAGCCAGGCUUGCCGACUUGCAGCGAAACGGAGGUCGUCUUGUUUGAUUCCCAUGGAUAUUGCUUUCCUGUUGGAUUCUUCAGAUGCCGCUGGAAAGGCUGGUUUUCAGAGGGAGAAGGAGUUUUUCAAACUUAUGUCAAGUACUCUAUCAUUGUCUCUCAGUGGUACUCGUGUAGGUGUAAUUUCUUACAGUGCACAAGCAAACCUCGCAGUGGCUCUUCAGGAAAAUACCACCGCCCAAAAUUUGCGAUCUGCCAUCGAUGCGCUUCAAUUUGUGGGAGGAACUCCCAGAAUUGAGAAGGCACUUGAAUCUGUCCUUACUGACUUGUUUACCUUCGAUAGGGGGACCAGGUCUGGAAUCCCAAAGGUAGCCGUUCUUUUGACGAAGGUAUCAGACUCAAACAUUUUGCAGUAUGAAACUCUCAGGAGGGCAGCCGCACCAUUAAAAACAGAGGGUGUGGAAUUAAUUGCCGUAGGUGUAGGCCGAGACGGCGAUCUUCAAGAUUUGCGUGUAUUAGUUGGCAGCGAGGAAUAUGUUUUAGGAACAGAGUCCUUUGAUAGCCUUUCUGAAUUGGUAGAAGACGUUACGCUUCUUGCAUGUAAAGCUGCAGAACCAAAACGGAUCAUUUAUCCUAUGGACGCUGCAAUCCUAGUUGACACGUCCGCUGGCAUUAGUGCCCUCAACUUCCAGAGGGAGAAAGCUUUUGUUAAGACUCUUAUAAGAAGUUUUACCAUUUCAAGGAACUUGAGUCGUGUAAGCCUGUUAUCUUACGGUAACAAAACAGAAGUCACCGUAAAUUUCUUUGACCAGCAAAACAGAGAAUCUCUCACACGAAAUGUCGAUUCUUUGCCCCUCUUGGGUGGGCCGUCGCAAAUAAAUCAAGCUCUAGAGGUCGCAGCUUCGCAGCUUUUCUCCCCUUCUGGUUCGUCUCGCGCCGCAGUGCCAAGGACUAUUGUGGUAGUAACGGAUGGUCGACAGGAUCUUACGGUGGGCUCCGGUGGUCUAAAUGAGACAAUAGCCCUGUUGAGGCAAAAUGGCGUUAAGAUUCUAGUGGUGGCUGUUGGCGGUGAAGACGUUGACGAGGAUGGAUUGGGCAGCCUUGUUGAAGAGGAAGAUCAUAUAUUUACCGCUGAAUCGUUUGAAACUUUGGCCGCUAAAUUGGAGAAAGUCAGCACUGUAGCCUCCGAAAUUGCAGCACCUGACCGUUGUGGUAAAGUGACUGACAUCGCCUUUAUAAUGGACGCCUCGGACAGUGUUGACAGCCAGAGUUACCGCAUUCAAAAGGACUUUGUCAAAGCAAUCGCAAAGAGCUUCGGUUUGCAACCAGGGGCGAGCCGAGCAGGAAUCAUUCUUUCCGGCAAGAAACCAACAGUGAACAUUAAGUUUGAUGACUACUUGCAAACCGAAGACUUCAUAGAGGCGGUAGAUAGACUUCCUCACCCUCGCGGACAUGCUGGAAUAGACAAAGUCCUCGAUGUGGCUCUAACUCAGCUAUUGGCCAACAGAGGUGGUGCAAGACCUGGAUUGGGGAAGAUACUAGUGCUAUUAACAGCAAACACUCAAAAUCAAUCUCUAGAUACAAAGUUGCUGGAUAGUGUCACCAGAAGGCUCCAACAGUUGGGAGUGGCUUUGGUUGUUAUCGGUGUCGGUAAACAGGUGGAUGAGACACUGCUUCGUCCUUUGGUUACGAAAGGAGAGAAUCUUUUCCUAGAAAGAUCGUUUGAAAGUCUGAUGCUUAAAGCUCGACAAGUAGCACAAAUUACGUGUGACAACGCAGGAUACUCAAGAUGCAGAAACCCAGUUGAUGUCGCUUUUCUGGUGGACUCUUCGGGUAGUCUUGGCGAGGAAGGUUUCCGCGAGCAAAAGGACUUUAUAAAAGUGAUUACGAACACCCUCAAUGUAUCUCCCUCACACAGCAAGGCGGGUGUCAUCACUUACAGUGAUAGAGCUUCUGUGGCAAUAAAAUUUUCAGACUAUCAAUACCACGCACAGUUGGUCAAUGCCCUUGACGCGCUGCCAUAUCAAGGUAAAACCACACGGAUUGACAGGGCCAUUGUGAAGGCCUCUAAAGAACUCAUGACAGUGGAAGGAGGUAGAAGAAAGGAUAUACCUGGAGUUAUGGUCAUAAUGACCGACGGGAGGCAGACUCAGGACUUUGACGUCACGCCUUUAGAGCAAGCAGCUGCGGUCUCAGAGGAAAUGGGGGUAACAACUUUGGUGCUCGGAAUUGGGGAACUGGCCAACGUGAAUGAGCUCAGAAAAAUGACUGCACGAGAUGGCGACGUUUUCUUGGCUUCCUCUUCUCGAGCUUUGAACAGUUUUGCACAACCAGUUGCCACAAGAAUAUGUAAUGCUGCAGCACCAAAGACAUGUGAUGUUCCACUAGAUGUUGCCUUUUUGGUUGAGUCGUCUGAGAACAUUUCACCAAGAGACUAUAAAAGAAUUAAAGAUUUCAUCAAAGAGGCGGCCACCUACCUGUCAAGAAGCGACAACGAACAGCAAGUUGGUGUCAUUGUGUUCAAUACCGAGGCCAAGAUAUCCAUAAAGUUUGGACAAUAUUGGUCGGAAUACGAUUUUGAUCGUGCAAUUGAUGAUCUUCCUCUAAACACAGGACCAUCGCAACUUGAUACAGCUCUUCGCGUUGCCACCAAAUUGUUCACUGCUGAAAAUGGAGCCAGACCCGGGGUUCAGAAAGUCGGCAUCGUAUUAACAAAUGGAAAGCAUCCUGCUGUAGAAGACCUGGAGGACCUGAAGGAUGUGGUAAGACCUCUUCAUCAAGCAGGGGUCCAUGUCAUACCCAUUGGAGUGACGUCGUCGGUGGAUUGGAAAAAAUUGCGCUCCUUAACUGUGGACGACAAGGAUGUUAUUGUGUCACAUUCUUGUGAUAGUUUAUCCAACAAGAUUAACUAUCUUUUCAGACGCAUUUGCCUCGAAGCUGCUUACAAAAAAUGCGAUGGGGUAGCAGAUGUGGUAUUUGCGAUCCACUCCUCGGGGACACUCAGCCCUUCAGAAUACCGCAAAGAAAAAGAAUUGGUGAAAAGAGUGGCGACAACUCUGAACAUUUCACCCGGUAGGAGCCGAGUAGCUUUAAUUCUUUAUAGCAACUUCGCCACGGCAGCCCUUAGACUUGACGAAAAGAUCACCAUGGAGUCUUUUGACAAUCUUGUGGAUAGCUUACCUCAUGAACGUGGAGUGACGCGCAUCGACAGAGCUUUAAAGCUUGCUCGAUCCAUUUUCGACUCCGACAGUGCUGUAGUGCGACGAGGAGUGCCUAAGGUAUUGAUAUUGUUCACCGAUAGCAAGCAAACCGUUGCUCAAGAUGCAUUUAAUCUGGUGGAAGCUGCCCGACCCCUACUCUAUGAGGACGAUGUUAGGAUUCUUGCAGUGGGAAUGGGAAACAAUGUAGACGUCAGGGAGCUACGAGCUACAACAGUUGAUGAGAAGGACGUCUUUCUGUCACCGUCGUUGGAGAAUCUUCUCAGUUUAAGCGGAUCUUUGUCUGAGGCUAUGUGCGAGGCAGCCAAGCCUCCAAUUUGCCCUGAAGCCAUGGAUGUCGCCUUCCUGAUGGAUGCCUCCGGCAGUGUGGGAGCAGACAACUUUGAGAAGCAGAAAGAGUUCAUCAAAGCAGUUGCCGGUACUUUAGGACUUAAAAGUGGCUUAGCCCGCGCUGGGUCUCUGGUCUACAGUGACAUGGCAACAGUACAACAGUCAUUCAACAGCUGCAACGGGACUCAUUCGGUUGUAGAAGCAGUAGAUCACAUUCCAUACUAUGGUCGAACCACGCGCAUUGAUCGCGCCUUGUCACUUGCCAAUACAGAUCUGUUUAGUGAUGCCGGUGGAGUGCGAUCGUAUGUGGCUAACACUCUUUUACUCUUAACGGACGGCAGGCAAACUCCAGCAGCUGACUCGAUUUCCAUGGAACGCGCCGUGAAACCCCUUAAAGAAAAGAAAGUGAAAAGGAUAGCUUUGGGAAUCGGUAGUCAAAUUAGUCCCGAUGAGCUUCGCAAGGUCGUUGAUGGAGACGAAGACGUCGUUACAGUAGACAGUUUUGACGAUCUUAUCUCUUCAAUGCAUAUGGUAUCGGAAAAAUUAUGCACAAGUGCAGCUUUAAAGAAGUGCCCUGUUCCUGUAGAUAUCGCCUUUCUUCUGGACUCAUCAGGAAGUAUUGGUGAACCAAACUACCGCAAAAUGAAAGACUUUGUCAAGGCUGUUGCGAACACCUUUAUCAUCGGAUCAGGCAAAACACUAGCUGCAUUAAUUUUGUACGGUGACACCGCAACUACGGCCAUCCGAUUUAGCGAUCACGCGAACAACGCCGACUUCGACGCUGCAGUAGACGUUCUUUCAUAUUUGGGAGGUGAAACUCGCAUAGAUAAAGCCCUACAGCUUGCUUCCACAGAGCUUUUAACAGAACGUAGCGGCGCACGGGUUGGUGUUGCCAAAGUUGUGAUCCUCGUGACAGACGGGCGGCGGUCUCGAGCGCCCGACGGCGUUGAACUUCAUAAGGCUGCGAAGCCAAUUUUAUCGGCAGGUGUGCGUUUGUUUGCAGUGGGUAUUGGAACUGAGGUUGAUGAAAAAGAGUUACAACUUAUCGUUGACAGGAGAGAUGACGUCAUACUGGUACCGUCGUAUAAUGGACUCGCCACGAGAGUGAGACAGUUGUCCAUUGCCACGUGUGAAAGCUCAGAAAUAGAAGCUUGUGAUAAUAUCAUGGACGUAGGUUUUGUCCUCGACUCCUCUGGCAGCCUAUCUGCAUCCGAAUUCCAACAAGUCAAAGACUUCGUCGAUCUCAUAGCUAACUCCUUCCUCAACAACAAAGUCGGUAGCCGUGUGGGACUUAUGCAAUACAGCAUCUUGCCGAAGAUGAAUGUUCGGUUUUCCGACGAACUCACGAGAGAGCAGUUCCGAAGUGUCCUGGACAAAGUUCGUUACGAGGGAGGCUACACUCGGCUCGAUCGAGCUCUCGAGCUAGCAGCUCAGGAGUUGUUUGUGAAUGAAGAAGGUUCUCGUAAGGACAUUCCUCGAGUCAUGGUUAUAAUAACAGACGGCAUCAACACGGAGGAGCCUGAUUCUGUAGCGUUAGACACCGCCGUCGCGCCUCUAAAACGCGCCGGGGUCACAGUGUUUGUUGUCUGCAUUGGUAGUGAGAAGGGCCGUGAUGAGAUGUACCUACUCACAGAACAAAACAAAAACUUGUACUUUGUUCGAACUUACAAUGAACUUUCUCUUCAGCUUCGGAAAGUAUCCAAGGACAUUUGCGAGAGUGGAGCCCUUCCUGGAUGCGACCGAGUGAUGGAUGUCAGUUUUUUGGUAGACUCUUCAGAGAGUGUUGGCUUACAAAAUCUUCAGAAACUUCUCGACUUCGUGCGCAGAAUUGCCAAAACCAUGCGUAUCUCCCCGAGAGGUAGCCAUGGAAGUCUCGUCGUUUUUAGUGACAACGCCAAAGUUCAAAUCAAACUUGACGACUACGAUAAUAUACAGGAAUUCAGCAAUGCUUUACGAGAUGUCCCCUAUAUGGGCCAAAAGACCCGGAUCGACAAGGCUUUGCGGGUUGCACUGAGCGGAGUUUUCAACAGUAGAGCCGGUAUGAGAGCCGGAGUACAAAGAGUUGCGGUCUUGUUGACCGAGGGUCAUCAAACGAGAACGUUCGAUGCGAUACCGCUGAGAUACGCGGUAGAACCACUGAGGCGCAGGCGAGUCAAUGUGUUUGCGGUUGGCAUCGGUAGUGAUGUACGUUAUAACGAACUCCGAUCUGUCACAAGUAGUGAUCAAAAUGUAAUGUUGGUGGAAACGUUUGACGACCUCGCAAGAAUUGGUGAAGAGCUGAGCCACAAGAUGUGUCGAGGAGGAUGAGGAUCGACUUUGGGAAGACAAUACAGACAAAUAAAUUAGUACAAAAAUUUAAGCUAAUAUGUAGUGUGCAGUGCUUCAAAUAUUUCUAUUUCAUACGAGAGGUUAGCAAUGCAUUUGCGCGGCUAAGAAACAAAGAAAGGAAAGAUUACUCAAGAAUUCAUGUUGUUACAACACUACAAUAAUCCAAAACAACUGGAUCCAUCGGUUUGACACGCAAACUAUUCUGCGUGUUUCAAACAGCAGCGCCUGUAUAUUUCAAUUUAAAGUAAACUCCUGCCUUGAGUUUUAUUUAUUUUUGAAAAGUCGUCACUUUUUAUAAAUGGAUCUCCCGUAAUAUUCAGUGACGGAAAUGUGUAACUGUCUUUAGUUUUCACCGAUUCCAUGAUUCGUUGUGAUCAACAUGAAAGAAUGACGACCAUUUUGUAAAGUUUUCUGAGUAAAAAGUUAUACUCAUUGUGGUAAAGAAAAUUAACACAAUGACCUGCUGAAAGUAUUGCAGUUAUUAGAGGAGCCCUUUUAAAGGAAUGAAUCACUGAGUAGCCGAAUAUAUACGUUAA